UCCAACUUCAGCUUCUUUCUUGAACGUGCUGGGCACAGCCAGUGCAGGGUGAAGCCGCGUUUGGUCGCCUUAACGAGCGCGGGGGGAGACUCUUCAUUCUGUAGGCAAGACAUUUUUCCAAAAGAGGCAGAGGGCAAGGAACCAGGCUCCCGCCCUCUCCCGCCACCGCCUGCCCAGCAACAGGGGCUCUGGAAUCCAGGAGGCGGCUGCGGCAGUUCCCGCACCUUCCAGCUCGCCCUCGGCCGGCAUGGGCACAGGCAGCAGCAGCUGCACCCCUGCCCGGCCCUGGAGGAGAGCGCGGUGGGGCAGCCGGAGCGGCACCGUCCCCGGCGGGCAGAGCCCAGCAGAAGCGCGGGAGAGGGCCAGGUGCAGCCCGGCGCCCGCGCAGAGCCCUCUGCAGCCGCUAGGGGAGCCGGACUCGGACUCGGAGCUGCUGGACCAAGUGCUGGCGGAGUGUGACGCCGACGGGCCGCCGCAGCUGCCCCUGGCGCCUCGCCACUUCUCCGCCGGCCCGGCAGGGGGCGGCCAAGGGGACCAAGCCCAAGGGGGCCGGCAGAUGUUAUUAACGAGAGCCACCCCAGCUUUGGAGAACAAUAACUUCUCCAACAACCUCCUGCUCCAGAAAGCUGAGGAGAAGUCCAAGACAUCCUAUGACUAUUAUGAAGAGGAGAUGAUGGCAGCGAUCGAACAAGAAUAUGGCCGCUGAAGCCCCUCACUGUACCCAAACAAAUCUGAACGGUUUGCUACUGUUGCGAGAUAAGUGUUCUAAGAAACACUCCAAGUUUGAUCAAACUGGGGGAAGUGGGGUAACCGAUCAGACUGAACGAGAAGGAAUGCACCAAGAAACCUUCAUCUUAGUUUUACCAGCAGAGGAUUUGAAAACUUACUUCAAAAGUGGGCUGCCUUAUCUUUUGGGGUGAGGGGGAUACUAAUGUUGACCCUUCAGCCUUAAACACUGACCUGCAUUCUGAAACACUGAAAAGCGUUAUUUCCAUCAGACAUUUGCCUGUUUUAUUUAUUUUUUAUUUUACUUUAUAUCCUGCUUUUCUCCCCAAUUGAGAUUCAAAGUGAUUUACAUCAUUCUCUUCUCCUCAUCAUUCUCUUCUCCUCACAACAAUCCUGUAAGGUAGAUUAGACUGAGAAUAUGUAAUUGACUCAGUCAUCCAGCAAGCUGCCAUGGGAGAGUGGGGAUUCAAACCUCAGUCUCCCAAAUUCUAGUCUGACCCUCUAACCACUACACCACACUUUCUCUGUAUAGUUAUAAACUCUUACUUGACUAGUAGAACUGAUCAAUAAGGGAAAUCAACCCUCCAUCAUCACAAAGGGCUGGCCUAGACAUCCAGUUUCAAUGAUCAGGAUAUUUGAGUAGGAAAAAAGCAGGUAGUAUUUCAUCCCCAUUCAGGCAUAGAGAAAGCCACGCAGCCUCCACACACUAAACACAAUUGCAAUUGAAGUAUUACAUCUAAUAUCACAGUUUAUUACAUCUAAUCGCACAGAAAAGACCUGGCAGGGAUUUUCCUUUCUGAGAGCAUCCCCACCCCCAUCCCCAGCAGGCAGCUUUGAAGAGUGUAAGAAAGGCUAAAGCCUCCAAAGCAAAGUCCUUCCAUUCACAAGAUUCCUUUUCCAAAAAGUCUUGAAUAACUGUCAGAUGCCCAGUCUUCUUAGGGCACUGGUGCCCAUCAUAUCGUUGAGAUGUAUUUAAACCCUGUUUUAGUAGUUUUCACAGUAUUACAUUGAACCACCAAAGUAGAGCUGGUAGUAAAGUUGACUCUUUGGAGCUGCCUGUUCUCUCUCUGAUGUUUCUUAGUCUUUAAUGUUAUGAAUAAAAGUACCUUCCCAUAUUCAGGUGCUCUGGCUUGAUGUAAGAUUGCGAAUUCCACAUGCAAACCCCAUGCCGAAUCACUUGGUUAUAUGGGAGGAACGUGUAUAGGAAAGGUUGGGGGAAAUAAAACUGCACCCAGUCUUAAAUUCCAUUUUCCUGGAACAGUUAUUACAAAAGGACCCUUUUGAGAAAUGCAAACAAGAAGUCACAGGGGCUCCCUUCUCCCCUGAAGGGAUUGGUGGAGGAAGGAAAUGGUGGAUGGUGCCAGAGGUCCCUGACCAAUAUAGUAUGCCACACAUAGGA